CUUUUUGAAAAAAAACAAAAAUGGUUAGAUCAUAGAUGAAUGCGUUGUGCGGUCCUUGGGAAAGCUAUAAAUUCCAAGCACGACAAAUCUGCACUUAUUCUCUUCUACGACUUGUGGCAACUUUGGUUUUUAUUAUUAUUUUUAUCAUUCUGGGCUCACUCUCAGUCCUUAACUCGUCAUCUUAUUCGCUUUUCAGUAAUCAAUUUCCGCUGAUAGAAUCAGGUGCUAAAGCCAUCUCUAAUUCAGUAGGGAAAUUAUCCUCCUUGUCUGGGAGGGUUUAAUUCUGCUCUCUGGUUGAAUCUUUUUCUUCUGCAAGAAUAUAUGGCAACUCUUUCUCCAACCCUUACAACAGUGCCCCAUUGCCUGAACUUUGGAGCCACUGAAUUGUCUAAAUUAUCAGUUUUCACCCGAUAUCUUUGGAAAAGCAAAGUGGGACAGAGUCUUAAGAGAAUAGAUAUAGGAGGAAAGCUUUUCCCUGGAGAAGUUGUACAAAAUGCCAUACAAUCUCCUCAUUGGAGUCCCGAUUUGAGAUGCUUUGCUGCAGUUGAGCAAACUGAACAAUCAUUUACUACAAGUACCCAAGUUGAUGAACUUGAAAAGCUAUCGGCUUAUCUGUUUAGGACAGAAAUUGGUGGUCAGGUUAAACUUUUUGUUAGAAAGAAAAGUGCCAAAUAUGUAGUAGAUAUUGAAGUUUCAUCCAUGCAAUUGUCCAGUGAUGACAGUAAGCUGGUGCUAAGUGGGGGUGUAUACCGAUCUGAUCAUGAUAUCAAGAACAGGAUCAUUGAAACCCCAUUUGUAGCAAGGUCUUCCAGUGAGUUGGCACUUGAGUUGGAAUUUGAAGCUAAAGAAGCCCCAUUCUACUUCUCAUUCUUGUUGAAAGCCUCAUCAGGUGCAAAUUCAACUAGCUUGGAAAUCAGGGGUCAUAGGAAGACUAGCUUUUGUGUACCAAUUGGUUUUGAUCAAGGGCAUCCAGCUCCUUUGGGUCUUUCCUUUUCAACUGAUGGUUCCAUGAACUUUGCAGUUUAUUCAAGAAAUGCAGAAAGUUUAGUCCUGUGCUUGUAUGAUGAUACCGCAUCAGAAAAACCUGCAUUCGAGCUUGAUCUUGAUCCUUACGUUAAUCGAACUGGUGACAUUUGGCAUGCUUCAAUAGAAGAUGCAUGGACUUUUGUAAGCUAUGGUUAUCGGUGCAAGGGUGACAACAAAGCAUUUCAGGCAGAUCGUGUUCUUUUGGAUCCUUAUGCUAAAAUAAUUGGGAGUUCCAUUCCUAAUCAUCAUGAGUCUGGUUUGCUCCCAAAACAUCUUGGGCAACUAUGCAAGGAGCCUGCUUUUGACUGGAGUGGUGAUGUUCUUCCAAACUUACCUAUGGAAAAAUUAGUGGUAUAUCGGUUGAAUGUUAUGCGUUUUACAAAAGACAAGUCUAGUAAGCUACCUCCCAAUGUGGCAGGGACUUUCUCUGGUGUAACUGAGAAGGUACAGCAUUUAAAAGAUCUUGGCGUCAAUGCUGUCUUAUUAGAGCCAAUAUUUACAUUUGAUGAGCAAAAGGGACCAUAUUUCCCAUAUCAUUUCUUUUCGCCAACAAACCUGUAUGGGCCUUCUAAUGGUUCUAUAUCUGCUAUUAACUCAAUUAAGGAGAUGGUCAAGAACUUGCAUGCCGAUGGGAUAGAGGUCUUCCUGGAAGUGGUUUUUACCCAUACUGCUGAGGGUGGAGCCCUGCAAGGACUUGAUGAUUUAUCCUAUUAUUACAGGAAUAGGGUUAGAGAUUUAGAAGCUAGAAAUGCUUUGAAUUGUAACUAUCCCGUUGUUCAACAGAUGAUUUUAGAUAGUCUUCAGCAUUGGGUGACAGAAUUCCACAUUGAUGGUUUCUGUUUCAUCGAUGCUUCAUGUAUGUUGAGAGGUUUUUAUGGUGAACACUUGUGUCGCCCUCCCUUGGUUGAAGCAAUAGCUUUUGAUCCACUGCUCUCCAUGACUAAAAUCAUUGCAGAUUGCUGGGAUCCACAUGACAUGAUGCCAAAGGAAAUUCGUUUUCCUCAUUGGAAAAAAUGGGCAGAAAUGAAUACAAAGUUUUGUACUGAUAUAAGGUACUUUUUAAGGGGUGAGGGUGCUCUGAGUAGUCUUGCUACACGUCUUUGUGGGAGUGGGGACAUAUUCUCAGUUGGCCGAGGCCCAGCUUUUUCUUUCAAUUUUAUUGCUAAGAAUUUCGGACUUCCUCUUGUGGACUUGGUCAGCUUUAGUAAUGCUGAGUUAGCUUCAGAGAUAAGUUGGAAUUGUGGGGAGGAAGGACCUACAAGUAAAACUGCUGUUCUUGAAAGAAGACUCAAACAAAUUCGUAAUUUUCUCUUUAUUUUGUUUGUGUCACAGGGUGUUCCCGUUCUUAACAUGGGAGAUGAAUGUGGCCAAUCGUCUGGUGGUUCUCUGUCAUAUGGUAGCAGAAAGCUUUUAGAUUGGGAUGCUAUGAAAACAGGUUAUGGUAUUCAAACGACACAAUUUAUCUCAUUUUUUAGUUCGCUUAGAAUGAGGCGAAGCGACCUUCUUCAAAAAAGGCACUUUCUCAAAGAAGAAAAUAUCGAAUGGCAUGGAAGCAAUCAGUGUCCACCAGGAUGGGAAGACCCUUCCUGCAAAUUCCUGGCUAUGACAUUGAAGGCUGACAAAGCAGAGAGCCAGUUGAGCUCUGAGGCUUCUCAACUAAAGGGUGACCUGUUUAUUGCCAUUAAUGCGGCUGAUAAAGCAGAGAGCCUUAUUCUACCCCCACCUCCUGAAGGGAUGGCAUGGUAUCGAUUAGUAGACACGGCUUUACCAUACCCAGGCUUUUUCUCUGUGGAUGGUAAGGCUGUUCGUGAGCAAAAGAUGGGCUUCGUCGCUUAUGAAAUGAAGCCUCGCAGCUGCACUUUGUUUGAAGCAUGCGCUGAUGGUAGUUGAUAUAUUUCCCUUUCCCCCCUCGAUUUUCGUCUUGAAAACUUUGUAGACUGGUAAAUCAUAGAGGUACAACCUUUUUUUUUUUUUUUUUGUAUCUGUAGAAUAAUUAUCUGACAACAGAUUGAAGUAUGCCAACCAGGAUGGUUUUCAAGAUAAGUAAUGCUGUAUAUCCACCAGUUUCUUUUCAAUAAAU